GUGUCGUCAUGCUGCCAUAGCGAAGUACUUUGGUGAUGUCACUCCACCUUGCAAUAAGUGCUGUGAUUAUUGCAAGAACCCAGAGGCAGUGAAAAGGCAGCUGGAGGCACUGGAGCGCUGCAGCAACAACUGGAGCAAAACUUGCAUCGGGCCCACAGGAUCCUCGUGGGACAGCUAUGACCCAGAGCUGUACGAAGGGGGAAGGAGAGGCUGUGGAGGUUUUAGCAGGUAUGAUGAAGAAAGCAGUGGGAAUGGGGAUGAAGCCAAUGAAGAGAGUCGGAAACGGGAGUGGGACAAUUUCUACAAGAAGCAGAUGAGCCUGCGCAGAGGCAAAGAACCAGAAAAAGAAGAUUUUGUUCCUCCAAGUGCAGACUGCCCCUUGAAGGAUGCCUUCAGCAGAAGAAUCUCUAAGCUGACAGUGAAGGGACGGGAACACUGCUUGAAGAUACUGGAAGAAGCUUUGAGUGCCAACCAAGAGGUUCCAACAGCAGUAGGAAAAUGGUCAGACCCUCACGCCUGUGCGGUGGAGCUGGAGUAUGAAGCUUUCAGAACCAGUAAAAUGGCUAACUCAUACAAGGCAGCUGUGCUAAAGAAGGUAGCAGAAAUCAACAAAGCAUCAAAAGAAGGAGAGUUGUUCUCAGUCUUUGGGUCAGGAACUGGAGGCAGCAGUAGCUCAGUAACAAAAUCUGAGUCUCCAGCAGAGGAGGAUUUCCUCCCUGCAUCCCAAGUUUACUCGUUCAAACCCAAGCGUGUGGGAGCUGGCUUUCCAAAGAAGUCCGGUUUGUUCAAGACAGCUUCAGAACUGCUGAAGAUCCAGGAAGAUAGCGAUACAAAACUUGUCAAAAAAGAAGAUUGUCCAAAUAAACAAGACAACAGCAACUGCAAUCUGGAACUGGACACAAAAUCCACUGUUUUCCAGAAGAAAAAACGAGCAACCAAAGCAGUGUGUGAGAGUGCUGAGGUAGUAGUCAUUCUUCCUGAGAAGAAGGAACAGCAAACCAGUCCAGACACAAAAGCUGCCCUUGGGGAUAGCCCUAUUAAGAGGACCAAACCCAGCAAAAAGCAGCAAAUGCUGGCAGAAGCGGCCAAAAAAGAAUCACAGGAUAUUUCCAAGUUCUUCUCCCUUUCCAAAGGUGGGUCUAAAGCCAAAAGUUGCAGCUCAACAGAGGAUGUCAGCUGUACUGCAAGCACGCUACCUCAGGUUUCUUCUCAAAGCAUAUGUCAAGAGAAAUCAAUACCACAGGAAAACAAAGAUGCCUCUGGAGAAGAUAUGACAGGACAGUCCCAGGGGGAGAAUGAGGAGCUGGGAGAGACAGAAAGAACGCUGACUGAGAGGGAGGAGGACUUUAAGACCCAGCAGGCUGCUGAAUCUAAACUCCUUCAGGAAGAACUUGAUGUAUCGAGUGUUGCUGAAAGUGUCACAGAAACUGAACAAGCUCUUGUUGGGGAAGGUCAGAGUGGGAAACGACAAGGAUCAGAUGAGGAUACAGAAAGUCCUGCAACAAAGCGGAUGCGGACAGCAGCAAAAUCAUCUAUUCUGUCCCAGCCAGAAAGCAAAAGUGUGGGUCUGACAAAGAAGAAGGUGACUUUUGAUCCAAACUUAUUGCAGAGUGAUAAAGAAGGAGCCAACAAGACCAUAGAGCCUGUGACCAAAAGCAUGUCCCUCAAAGAGACAGCAGACAUCGUUGUGAAAUAUUUGACCCCAUUCUACAAGGGUGGCAAAUUUGCUUCCAAGGACCUGUUUAAGGGCUUUGCUCGGCACCUGUCUCACUUACUGACUGAAGAUCAGAACCCUGCUCGCAAGACCGUAAAGGAAGAAGCACAGAGACUUAUUAAGGAGUUUUUCAAAACGCGAGUCAGAUGUGAGAGUGAAACAGACUGGCAGGAGCUGCACUGCUUGGAGGGAUGAUCGUUGCAUCUUGCUGGCUCUCUUCCUUCUUCCAGCAGUGAGACCAGAGGAUGUUGAGGAACUUAGCAGUGGAGCAUUUCAAGAAAAUGCAGAAGUGAGUCUUUUUCCCACUGCAUUUUUGCUCUCUUCUAUCUACAUUGUCACCUUAGCAACACACAUUUCCAGGAAGCCAGUUUCUGUGAAUUUAGGGAGUGUUUCUCCAAAAACUAGGGAAUUAAGGCCCUACAGUACCUCUUGCCAAGAGGCACAAAGUCUCCUUCUCCUGUGUAGGCUAGAGGCUGCUGCCUCAGAUGUUUUGCAGUGCCUCCAACCACCGUUCCCUGCAGCAGUCUGGGAUGGUAUCACGCUUUCCAACUGGGACUCUGUUUUGGAUGGCUCCUCUCCUUGCUCCCCCUUCUCUUAGUCCUUAUUUAAGUGUUACCAAUAGAAGCCUUAUGCUACAAACAAGUUCACGUGCUUUUGCUCAGGGCUGCUAAUGCUGAACUUGGUGGUUGAGUUUUGGAUGGAACGUUUUUCCUUGGAGGGCAGCAAGGGAGUGUUUUGUUUUUACCCUGCAGGCAAUGCUGACUUUCUGAAGGUAGAGAAAUUCAGAGUUUUGUUUUUGUUUUUGUUUUAAUCUUAAGUUAAUUUUUUUUUAACAGUGUCUAGUUCUGCCUGCCCUUUAAACUUCAGUGGUGUUGAUCUCUCAGUGUUAACCUCCCCAGCAGUGGCACUAAGGUUGCCAGUGCUUUUCCAGCAUUUGCUUGUAACCCCUAAAGCCAUAUCUGUUCCCUGUGCCUCGCCCACAGCCCGCAGUACAGAGGGCAAUGCUGCUGUUACUACUGGUUAAUGUACUGCUAUGGCUCUCAGGUUGACACUGUGGUGCCUCUGCUGCUAUAUUUAUAUAAAGACCUGAACUGUAGGGCAUCAGUGGGCUUGAAAUAACCUGAUGUCCUAGUACAAGUUCUUUCUGUUGGGUUUUAGUUGGGUUCUGCUUUUUUUCCAUGCUUACAGAGGCUGGUGGCCUCAGGCACUAGUGCUGCUAGAGAAAUCUGCAGCCUGAGAAGCCAUGAAACAGACUUUUGAAUCACUGUACUCAACAGAUUAUUAUUUUUAUGUGCUGAAGGGUCUGUGCGGAACUAACAAUAAAACAAUGUUCUAGCA